AUUAGCAAUAAUCUCCCCCGCCUUCUGGGUAUCUGGAGAUUUAAGACCACAUAAUCAUCCUCCACGUCAGAGGGGUGGGGGAGGGGAAGAGAGAGGAAACAGCCUAAGAGGCUCCAAAUCCCUCUUAACCCUUGCUUCUUCCCUUAUCAGCAAGAUUAGAGCAGCCCACAGCGACCUGGCGGCUGUGUCCAGACCCGCAGGCCCGGGGCCCCAGGAGGGGUGGCUCCCAGGACAACGCCCGGGCCCCUAGGUGUGCUGGUGUCUGUGUGACGGUACAGGGUGUGAUCGGCGCUCCCCUUGGCCGUGACCCCCCGGAGGACAAAGCAAGCCCCCCCCUCCACACACCAUGCUGAGGCAGAGCACCGAGAGGCGGCGGUCUUGGAGCUACAAGCCCUGGAACGCCUGGGAGAGUGAGGACGCCAACGCCAGCGACGGCGGCCAGCACCGCAGGAGCAUCUGCUCCGUGGGCGCCCGUUCUGGCUCGCAGGCCAGCAUCCCACCGUGGAUCGAGGGCAAUUACAACUACUACAUCGAGGAGGAUGAGGACGGCGCGGAGGAGGAGGACUGGAAGGAGGACCUGGCCGAGGAGGCCCAGCAGGCGGAGGAAGCCGCCACCGUCCAGCCCGAGGAGCACAGCGACACUCCCGCCCAGAUGUCCACGCUGAACGUGAACGUGGGCGGCCACAGCUACCAGCUGGACUACUGCGAGCUGGCCAACUACCCCAAGACACGCCUGGGCCGCCUGGCCACCUCCACCAGCCGCAGCCGCCAGCUGGGCUUGUGCGACGACUACGAGGCCCAGAGCGAUGAAUACUUCUUCGACCGCGACCCGGCCGUCUUCCAGCUCAUCUACAACUUCUACGUGUCCGGGGUGCUGCUGGUGCGUGACGAGCUGUGCCCGCGCAGCUUCCUGGAGGAGCUGGGCUACUGGGGCGUGCGGCUCAAGUACACGCCGCGCUGCUGCCGCAUCUGCUUCGAGGAGCGGCGCGACGAGCUCAGCGAGCAGCUCAAGAUCCAGCGCGAGCUGCGCGCCCAGGCGCAGGCCGAGGAGGCCGAGGAGCUCUUCCGGGACAUGCGCUUCUACGGGCCGCAGCGGCAGCGCCUCUGGAACCUCAUGGAGAAGCCCUUCUCGUCCGUGGCCGCCAAGGUCAUGGGCGUGGCCUCCAACCUCUUCGUGCUCAUCUCGGUCGUGGCGCUGGCGCUCAACACGGUGGAGGAGAUGCAGCACCAGCCAGAGCAGGGCACGGGCGGCGGCGACCCGCGGCCCAUCCUGGAGCACGUGGAGAUGCUGUGCGUGGCCUUCUUCACGCUCGAGUACCUGCUGCGCCUCGUGUCCACGCCCGACCUGCGGCGCUUCGCGCGCAGCGCCCUCAACCUGGUGGAUCUGGUGGCCAUCCUGCCGCUCUACCUGCAGCUGCUGCUUGAGUGCUUCACGGGGGAGGACCAGGGCCACGGCAAGGGCUCGCCGCGGGAGCACGACCUCGAGACGGUGGGCCGCGUGGGCAAGGUGGGCCAGGUGCUGCGCAUCAUGCGUCUCAUGCGUAUCUUCCGCAUCCUCAAGCUGGCCCGCCACUCCACCGGCCUGCGCGCCUUCGGCUUCACCCUGCGCCAGUGCUACCAGCAGGUGGGCUGCCUGAUGCUCUUCAUCACCAUGGGCAUCUUCGCCUUCUCCGCCGCCGUCUACUCGGUGGAGCACGACGUGCCCGGCACCAACUUCACCAGCAUCCUGCACGCCUGGUGGUGGGCGGCGGUGAGCAUCUCCACUGUGGGCUAUGGAGACAUGUACCCUGAGACCCACCUGGGCAGGCUUUUUGCCUUCCUUUGCAUUGCUUUUGGGAUCAUUCUCAACGGGAUGCCCAUCUCCAUCCUCUACAACAAGUUCUCCGACUACUACAGCAAGCUCAAGGCUUACGAGUACACUGCCAUUCGUCGGGAGAGGGGAAAGGUGAACUUCAUGCAGAGAGCCAGAAAGAAGUUGGCCGAGUGUUUGGCUGGAAGCAACACACAGCCCACCCCAAGACAAGCUAAUUAAUAUUUUGUGGGACAGGUGCCUGGUAGGUCCCAUGAACUUCAAGUCUUCGUAACUCAUCCCCCCACAAAAUUAAUUUAUUUGAAAGGCACAGUAUCAGAGGGGAUGGGUCAGGGUGUGGGCAGGGGGAGUCAGACAGACAAAUCUUCCAUCUGCUGGUUCACUCCCCAAAUAGCCACAAUGUCUGGGGUUGGUCCAGAAGGAAGGCAGGAGCCAGAAACUCCAUUGGUGUCUCCCACAUGGGUAGGUGGCACAGGCCCAAGUACUUGGAACAUCACCACCUGCUUUCCCAGGCCAAUUGACAGGAAGCUGUAUUGGAACUGGAGCACCAAGGAGUCAAACCAGCACUCCAAUAGGGGAUACUGGCAUCCCAAGCAGUGGCUUAACCUGCUGUGCCACAACACUGACCCCCAUCACUCCCUUGUUGUUCUUAAAAGCAUCACAAAUGGCCACCAAAGGACAUGGGAGGCAGGUGUACACAAAGGGCAUUCAGUUCACAAACUUCUACCUCUAGAAAUGCUCAUUUGGCACCCAACACGGAACACCUCAUCUUGUUCUGUAACUGUGCAACAUGCGAGUCUGACCUUCGCAAUGACAUUGAUGUUGGAUGCUGCUGCUUGUUUUUUUUUUUUUUUCUUGGACAGGCAGAGUUAGACAGUGAGAGAGAGAGACAGAGAGAAAAGUCUUUCUUCCAUUGGUUCACCCCCCAAAUGGCCGCUACAGCCGGUGCUGGGCCGAUCCAAAGCCAGGAGCCCGGUGCUUCCUCCUGGUCUCCCAUGCGGGUGCAGGGCCCAAGUACUUGGGCCAUCCUCCACUGCACUCCCGGGCCACAGCAGAGAGCUGGACUGGAAGAGAAGCAACCGGGACAGAACCCGGUGCCUCAACUGGGACUGGAACCCUGGGUGCCGGUGCCGCAGGAGGAGGAUUAGCCAAGUGAGCCACAACACCGGCCAUGUUGGAUGCUGCUUAAGAGAAGCGACACCUUAGAUUGCUCUUAAAGCUUCUCACGUCAUCCAGCUCACUCAGUAUUUUGGGGCUUGAGUUUACUUGAGAAUAAUUUCCUUACCUAAUGACAAAGAACAGUCUUGAUCUUCCAAAGACAGGGAGUGUAGUAGCAGGAAUUACAUAUGCUUUGGCGUUAUACCAGCCUCCAUCAGAAUCCCAGAUCUACCAUGUGGACAGUUUGGGGUGUGUCCCUUUAACCCCCUCAGCCUCAUUUUCUUCAACUGUACAAUGCAGGUUAACACCUAGCAUGUAAUAUGAAUGGGAUUGCAGAGAAUAUUUCUAAGUGCUCAAUAAAGG